AUGUUCAAGCUGAGACGAAACCUGGACCAGCUGGACUGCUUUCACCGACAGAAGGAGCAUGACGUGCUGAAAGCCAGAGACGAACUGAAACUCUGUCGUCAGAAUAUUCCAAGUUUGGUGCAGCAGAGGGAUCACUUGGAGAAAGAGAUAGAGCGACAGAAAGCAGUGGACAACAGCGUGGCAGUGUUUCGUCUACGAGCGCAGCAUAAGCAUCUGUGUCAAAAGCUGCAGAGUGAAGAGGAGCUGGAAGGCCACAUCAACACCGAGCUGAAGCAGCUGGAACUGGAGCUGAGUGAGGUGGAGGUGGAGCUUGGCAGGUACUCCUCACUCCGGCAGGAGGUGCAGGAGGAGGAGCGGGUCUUCAAGGUCAUUAAGGCCCAGAAGGCAGACACGAGGCUGCGGCAGGAGAGGCAAGCCGGCCAGAACCUACAGCUCAAGAUGCAGCGUCUCAGAGACAAACAGGCAGCUGUGAUGAAGAAAGAGGAGAGUGACUGUCAGAAGAGAACUGGCGAGCACCAGGCGAACCGCAAGAUAGCUGCCAAGUACUUGAAAGAGACCAUUAAAAGGAUGCAUCAGCGACAGGCUGAGAAGGAGCAACAGAACAGGGAGUUACUGGAAAAGAGGAGGCAAGCUGUUGAGUCACUGAAAUCUAACAUAGCAGCCGCACAAGAGAGUUUACAAGUCCAACUAAGCAGAGCCAGAGCAAAUGCCCAGAAGAAAGAACAGCACCAGAGACAGCUGAGAGAGUCCCUGCAGGCCCAAGGCAUCAACAGCAUCAAGCACAUGCACCAACAGAAACAUCUAGAGAAGAUAAAACGAAAACAAGAGGAAUUCGAAGAGAGGCAGAAGUCAAACAAGGUGGCGAUAGUGGCAAAAAUCCUUCAGGAGGAACAGCUGGUGAAGAGCAGAAAGAGGCACCAGGCAAAGCUGCCUAAACUCUCAACCACUGACAAGUUCCCGUCUCUGGGGAGGGCGAGAGAGAAGCUCCUGUACUACCUGGAUCCCAGCCCCCCGCCAUCCAGAGAGGAGAGAGCCACAAUCUUACGAGAGUUCAGUGACGUAAGCAGCUCAUCGUCCGCUUCCUCUGACGGUGUGGACCUCGAGGAAACCACGCAGCAGGAAGUGGACCACCAGAGCCUGGCUGACAGCCUGGCUGAGCCUGAGUUCUCAGGGCUAUGGGACCAGAACUACAAGAAGCUCCCGAAUGACGAGACUUCAUUGGCGCAGACAAAAGUGAAACCGGAAGAACCUGCAGUGGUCAGCGGGAAGCUCAUCACGCCCGCUAAAAAAGUUCAUGGAAAAGAGUCGAGAGCGUCUCCAUUCAUCAGUAAACCAGAGGUCGUCCUCUUCAAGGACUUUGACGUGGGGAAAGUGUAUAAGAAGAAAAUCGUCCUGACUAACAUCAGCUACACCACGAACCACUGCAAGUUUCUGGGGAUCUCCGCUCAGCUGAAGGAUUUUAUCUCUGUCAGCUUUGAGCCUCCUGGUUUUUUAUGUGCUGGGAUGUCCUGUGACAUGCAGGCUGUUUUCCAACCUAUGAUCAACGAGGACCUGGAAGGAGAGCUUCGGUUUGCAUCAGCAGCAGGUCCCUUCUCUGUGCCUGUCAAAUGCACCAUAAAGAAAUGUGAUCUGGAGGUUGACAGCCAGUUAAUCAACUUCGGUUCACACGUGGUGGGCCAGACUAUUUCACGGACUUUCACCUUGACCAACAAGGGUGCGCUGGCCACACUCUUCAGCCUGGACACCUCCACACGUCUCAGUCCAGAAGCCGUCCGUGUCCAGCUGCCAUCUCAGGACUCUGCCCACACGUGCCAGGAGACAAGCAGUCAAAACACAACAUCUGACAGUCGGAAGAGCUCCGCAUCCGCGUCCACCGGAGGAAUCCAACCAAAGCAAGAAGAGAGUCAGGAGCUUUCUGAGACGUCGCAGCAAGAGAAACCACACGAAGUGUCAGAGGCUUCAGCUGCCGCUCCAGAGGCCGUCCCUGAGGCUUGUGUGUCCACCGAUGCAGAGGCCCAGGAAGACGAGAGCCCCCCCGACACCAAUGACUUCAGUCUAGGAAAUGUUACAGAGGUGGAGAUCGGACCCUUUGACAGCAUCAAACUGGAGGUUGUUUUCACUCCAACUGUUCCAGGAGAGACCACACUAGACUUCCACAUCAAGUUCUCCGACCCAUCCAGCAAACCAAUACCCAUCCAGGUGAGGGGCACUGCCGUCAGCAUCCCUGUGUGGGUGGUUCAGCCCAGCAUUGAUCUGAAGAUCUGCAUGUUUGACCGCCUCUAUCAAGACAGCAUCGUGGUGCAGAGCAGAGCCAGCACGGCCUUGAAGGUGACUUUUGAGGUGUGCCCGGAAAUGAGGAAACACAUGGAGAUCUUACCGAAGACCGGCUUCAUCCAGGCCCAGUCGAGGUUUAAUGCCCAACUGAAGUUCCUGCCGAGACGCUCCUUACCCGAAGACACCAACACCUUUUUUGACAGAGACACUGGAGUCCUGGAGGUUCCAAUGACAGUGCAAGUAGCAGGCCAGGUGCAGCCUGUUCAUUACACGGUCCAAGCAGUGGUGACCUCCUCUGACCUGCACUUCGACCGCACUGAGGUGAACUUCGGCUUCUGUUCCAUUUACCAGUCGGUCAAGAGCAGCGUCCGUCUCACCAACCGGUCCCUGCUGCCUCAGGACUUUGGCUUCUUGAGCGUUCCAGAGUUUAUGGAGGUCCAGCCUAAUGAUGGCUUUGGUACUCUGCUUCCUCAAGAGACCCUGGAGAUUGAUCUGAUCUUCAGCGCCAACAAGGCGAAAGAGUUCAGUUUCCAGCUCAGCUGCAAGUCUGGCAUUAACAGAGAUUUCCUGCUGUCCUGCCGAGCCGUGGGCGUCCGCCCUCCACUGGAGCUCUCCCAUUCUCUGGUCCAGUUUGGGGCCACGGCAGUAGGUGACCACUCCACCGCCACACUUCACCUGGUCAAUCAUGGCACCGACCGCCACCGGUCCAAACAACCUGUCACCCCUGUGGUCAAGGACGCUGUGGCUCCUGCACCACCCAGGCUGUUCUCCUUCACCCCACCCAAGGAUUCAGACAUCAGCAUCACACCCUCCGCAGGACGGCUGCUCCCCGGAGAGAGAUGCCUGGUGCAGGUGACGUUCAGACCCAGACUGUUGGAGCAGGAGGUCCAAGAGGAGGCGCUGCGUCUCCUCCACCGAGCCGGCGUGCUCCGGGAGAAGGAGGCGGAGAUGAACAGACAAGCGGAACAAGAGAUCCCAGUGGAACCCAGCAAAGGAAAAAAAGCGUCUGAGAAUCAGAAGAACAACAAGAUGUCGGACGAGCCAAAGACAGAGAAACUGACUGAAUCACCAAAUCCUGCCGACAUACAGCCAGGGUCAGAGCGGUAUGAGGAGGCCAUGGCGUCGCUGCUGUUCUCCUUCACUCGGCGCUACAGGGAGUACACCGUUCCCUGCUUCGUCUCAGACGGAGACCCGCCCGAGGAGGACAGACAGGCUCAGCCGCCGUGGAGUCCCUUCAACACGCUCUACCUGAAGCUGCAGUGUGCCGCGGUCCGGCCCUCUCUGGUGGUCGUAUCCAACGAUGGACACGGUGCGAUAGACUUCCUUCAGGUGGCAGUGGGGCAGAGGGUGAUUAAGAGAUUUACAGUUCAGAACAUUUCAAAGGAGUCUGUGGACCUGAGGUCGUCGGUGCUGGAUAUACACGGCCCCUUUAAUCUUCUUAAUGCUCUCAGAUCCAUAAGACCCGGGGAGAAACACACUGUGGUGCUCGCCUUCAGCCCGACUCAGGAGAAAACGUACUGUGAGACUCUGCAGAUCCAUGACCAGAAGACGACUCUGGAAGUGACUCUGUGCGGGGAGGGCGUGGUCCCUGCUGUCACCUCGUCCCCCCCUGGAGGUCUCCUCGACUUUGGCUACGUGUUGGAGAAGGAGAGCACCUCACGGGUCCUAAAGCUGCAGAACAGCUCAGCGGUAGCGGUGGGGUUCAGGGGGCUGUUGGCCAGUGUCUCUCCCUCCAGGCCUCAGGGUGGAGCUGACCAGGUCGCCCUCCUGCUGGGCCGUUACACAGACUCUCAGGUCCAGCCGACUGUGGGAACCCAGAACUACAGUGGGCUGAGUGUUUUCGGCGUGGUGCCAGCAGAGGGCAGCAUUGCUCCAGGACAGAGCCAGGACGUCACUGUCACCUUUCAGCCCGACCACCCGUCUGUCAACUACUCUGACAGACUCACCAUAGAGCUCAUGAAUAAGAGUGAAGUGUGUGUGAUGGACCUGAAGGGCGCCGCCUCUUCACAUAACAUGUAUCUAUAUGGAGGAGACCUGCUGACUGUGCCCAUCGAAUCCCUCCUCCCUCCACUGACUCAGCUCACAGGAGAGUCCGAGGUGACGGAGAAGCCCAGCGUCCCUGUGCUAGUGACCCUGCAAGCUGGCCGCAGCGGGGGGGCCAUCACCCCUGCAGUGAGGGAGCUGCAUGUGGGCUGCAUCUGCUCCACACAGCCCAGUAAGAAGAGUGCCGAGUUUUACUGGGAUAAUGUGGCGUCCCUUCAGCAGCACGGCUUCAGUGUGGAGCCCAGCAAAGGCGUUGUGGAGGCGGGCCACAAACGCACCAUCACCGUCACCUGGACCCCUCAGAGCGGAUACAAGCCCUAUGAGGUGGUGCAGACAUGUGUGCCUCUUACCUUGAAGGGGGAUGAGAGGAACGUUUACAGAGUCACCUUGAUGGCUUUGGUCUCCACAAACGCUGACUGA